CAGAGAGACAAAUUAACAUGGAUCCGGAGGAGUCUAGAGGAAAGGCUGAGGAGAGUGGUGGAGAGGUGAAAUACAGAGGCGUCAGGCGGAGGCCAUGGGGGAAGUUUGCGGCGGAGAUACGAGACUCUAACCGCCACAGCCAGCGCAGAUGGCUUGGAACUUUUAACACGGCUGAGGAAGCGGCUCGAGCUUAUGAUAGAGCUGCUUAUGCUAUGAGGGGUCAUUUAGCCAUUCUUAAUUUUCCUCAUGAGUACCCUAUGACAGCCGCUGGAUCCAGUUCUACUCAAUCUUCAACUUCAUCUUCGUCUUCAACAGGUUCUUCUUCAUCAUCGUCAAUGCGGGAACAUAAUGUGCCGGAGAGAGGAACAACUGAGCAAGGAAAGCAGGUUUUCGAGUUUGAAUACUUUGAUGAUAAGUUGCUGGAGGAACUUCUAGAGCAGGGAGAGAAAAAUAACAAGAAAUGAUGACCAUCUCUGGGCCAUGGAGAUGGCGGCCUUGCUAGCUGAAGUUCAUUUUUCCAAUUUUGAUUGUGUAUAAAAGUUGCAGUGAAAGCUGGGUGGGUCGCAUUAUCUCAUGGAGACCUUAUUUUUACUUCAUAUUAAUGCUGCGUAGCUCUCGCCACAGCUAGAAAUGGAGAUUGAAUAAAGUGCUUUAUAAUACACAUAUAUAAUAUUCAAGAGACAGGGGAGGGCUAACCCCAGUUGUGUAGCCCGACAAAUGAAUCAGACAUUUAUAAAUAACUGAACUUUUUUUUU